GGAAACAUUAGUUGAGUUCAUUGUGGUUUAAAGAUCCAGCAGAGAAACAAGAAGAAAAAAAUGUUAAAAUUACUAAUAAUUUUCGUCGUUUUUCUCGGAAGCGGCAAUCAGUGCGUCGAGGGAAAAUACGUUGAAGGUCAUUUGAAAACCGUCGAUAAUUGGGCAUUCCUUGCGCGCUUCUGCUUCUUGUCUGGUCGCGGACGCUACGAAUACGAAAUCGAGUACGAACGAAGGUUCGGUGAACUACAGCUGUUGCUAUACUACGACGACAAGUCCCAAUGGCCUAGCGUCUAUAAAACGGGCAAGACGUGCCAAGAAAAGUUAAGUGUCUUGAGUGUACGUGAUAACCAGAUUGUAACUCUUUCCGCGAAAGCACCGCACAACAUUUAUUCCGGGUGCACGUUGCGAUCGAGCAAGGACCCGACAUCGACAACCACGGAAAUUCCGGUAAUCUUGAAUAGCAAACCGGAUCCGCCGACAACUGAAAAGCCCUUAGAUCCCAUGGAUCCGACGUAUUUUGACCAAUUUUUGAAACCAACUACCACUACGAUGCCCAUUACAACAACAACUAUCGGUGGAACAGAAAUUCCUGCCACUACAAUGAGAAUAGAACCGACUGAGAGCUCAACAACUUCAACGACAACUUCUACAACUGCAACCACGGAAGAAAGUGUCGUGGAAAGUUUCAAUAAAACAGAAAAUCCGUUAAUUUUGGAUAUGGGCAAUUUUGACAACAAAUUGGACAAUAAUACGUACAGGAAUGAGGUUGAAGAGCUUUUUGGGAUCAAUCCGGAUGAAGAUAAGGCACGAUUGAGACGCGCUGCGACAUAUCCAAGGUUGUUUGAGUCCGAACGAAAGGGAACGUUGUACGUGACAUGUCACAAUGUCGGUGGAUUUACGAGUUCUCGUGAGCGUUGGUGGUACAUUGCCAUCGCGAAUUGCAACAGCAACAAAGGGAUUGACGUCAAAUACAAGUUUCGCAUGACAAAUGGACCUCCAGGCGAUUUCUGGCAUGAACAUUUCUCAGCGGAUGAGAUGUAUAUUCCCCCGAUACUGUUCGCCGAGGCAUUGUCAUAUUCCCUACUGCUGGUCGCUAUCUUUCUGUGUGGAUUGGAACUAAAAUCACUUCAUCUUUAUCACUGCACGUAUCGGUUAUUCACAUUCAGUGCCCUGUGUCAGUGGUUUGGAGUGCUUUUGGAAGGCGUGACCUGGGCAAAAUAUGCAUUAACGGGAAUCGGUCCACAUCGCGUUAUUGGCGGACUUUUCAUGGGUGCCAGCGAAAUAUCGUUUCUCCUGCUGAUGCUUCUCAUGGCAAAGGGCUACACGAUAACGAGAGCUCGUCUUAGCACAUGUUCAACCGUUAAGAUAACCGUCUUUAUCAAUGCCUACAUCGUACUUUUUAUCGCGUUAUACAUUUAUCAGGCAGAGGCUUUUGACCCUGGAGAGGUGCUCAGUUUGUACGAAUCGCCUGCCGGUUUCGGUUUGGCGGGACUUCGAAUGGGAUCGUGGAUAGCUUUUGUUGGUUCAAUUGCAUCCACAAUUCGAAAGUACCCGGAAAAGGGAGCUUUUUAUUACCCAUUUGGCAUUUUGGGGUCUUUGUGGAUUUUAGCAGGUCCGCUACUGACAAUUCUCGGCGUUGGCGUUCUCGAUGCCUGGGUGAGAGAAAGUGUCGUUUGUGGCAUUUCGGGAUGGAUUGCCUUUGGAGGGCAUUUGGCAUUUUUGUGGCUAACGUGGCCAUCGAGAGCGAAUAAGAGCUUUCCGUAUCACGUGCGGACAAAUCACGUGGGGAUUGCAGCAGACGACGAUGGCAUCGACUAUCCGCGUCACGCGUACGAGCCAUCAGCCACCGAUCAGAACAUCAUUAUUCCGCUUUCAAGCCACGUUUCGUUUCCGCGCCCGCCUCCCAGCGCCCCGUUACAGGCACAAACAUCCUUCGAGACAGAACACGAGUCGCCGACGCAUUUACCACCCGACGCCGCCGCCGCCGCCCAUCUUGAUAACCAAAUCGAUUCGGGCCAUCCCUCGAUCGAAGGCUCCAACACAAACAGCAGCCCGGUGAGCACAAACAGUCCGCAAUCCAAUAACAGUCCCACGCACACCGUGCACUCGAAUGCGAGUCUUACGCCGAAAACAAUCCGCACAACGGCGACCGGAAUCCAAUCGAAUGAUCCGCCCGACACGCCAUCCACAAACACUUUUAGCAGUAAUCCACCGUCGGCGGCGACCACAACACGACAAAAUCCCUUUUUGGCGGGCAAAGGACCGAACAAAGUGAUUUUGCAGCCGAUUGAGUUGCCGCUGCGAUCAAAUAUGCUGCCAGUUAGUAAUCCCAGUACUGCGUUAGUGCCUUAUAACAGCAACAACAACAACAACAAUAAUAAUAAUGCACUCAGUGUACCUCGACACCUUUUCACGGCAAAAUCACCUUCAACUGGGGCAACGUACACCAUCGGAACGUCGUCCAGUCAACAGAGUCUACUUGAAAAGUGA